AUGAUUUUCAGUAUACUCAUGAUCGCUUUUCAUGUUGUGGCAACAGCUGCCACCCCAUGUAAGUCAGGUCAGUAUCUAAUGGCUAAUAAAUGUCGUCGAUGUUUGAUGGGUUCAUAUUGUCCCGAUGGCAUCCAACAAAUACCUUGCGCCCCGGGUAAUUAUACGGAUACAUACGAGCAGUCAAAAUGUCGCAUAUGUCCUCCAGGUCAUUUCAAUAUUAAACCAGGUUCUACGAAUUGUUCCCGAGCUCAGCUUGGUCAAUAUGCACCCGUUAACAAUAAUUUAUCUCAACCCUGUUCUCCCGGCACAUAUGCAGAUAAACCUGCCCAACAAAUAUGCAGAAUAUGCCGCCCUGGCACAUAUAGUACGCAGCCAGGCGCACAGAAGUGUAUUCGCUGUCAAUUAGGUUAUUUUUGUCCUGAUCCAGCAAACCUUCCUCAACCAUGUUCAGCAGGUUUUUAUGGAGAUCUCUAUGAACAGACUAGGUGCAGAAAGUGUCCAAAAGGUUAUUAUACAAUUCAUCCGACAGCGACGUACUGUACAAAAUGUCCUAUCGGUCAUUCAUGUAGUGAUCCUGCAGUGUCUCCUAAACCUUGUCCCAUUGGAUUCUACACUGCAUUAUUUGCUCAAACAAGUUGCCGCCAAUGUCAAGCCGGAUGGACAACGACUAUUCCGGGUCAAUCUGUGUGCACGAAUAUGAAACCAGAAAUUGGUUAA